UAAUGAAGAGAAAGAUAUAAUUAUUAAAACAGUACAUAAACAUUUCCCUUUCUUGACAUAUACCAAUUCUAAUGCAUGCCAUCGAAAUGUAUUUAAAUAUACCGAUUCAGAAGCUAAAUAUCCUGUAUACAAAGAUGUACAUACACGUUUAGGAAUAUGGGGUGACUGGAGCUGUCUAGGUAAAGACGAUCACUAUUUUCUUAACUGUCUUUUUCAUAUUGAUCAAAAGAAAGUUAUAAUUGCUAUACAGAGUUUGCCGGAAAGUGUGUCGAAUAAACCUCGAGAAACAGAACCUCGUUCACCAACUCAUCCAAACAAAAAUCGCCUUUAUCAGUAUGUCAUCGAACAUGAAAUAGAUCCCGAGAAAUUUUCAGUUAUUACAGAAGUUGAGAAAAAAAGGAAUGAAGACCCUAGAAAAUAUCAUAAAUUUUUAACAGAUCGGGAAAGGCUAAUCGGUGAAGAAUUAUUACGUCGCGGUAUACUAAAAAGUGAAUUAAGUACUGUAUGGCUUGAUGAUCUUAUGGAAGAAUGGGAAAAAACUUAUAAUCAAUUCGUGCAAAUUUUUAACUAG